UCGGACCCGGCAGUGACACGGACGCCAAGCCGUGAGCUUGACGUACGGGCCACCCACGGGAACUCGACGCGAAUGCCAGCUACUCACACAUUGAGUAGUCGGCGCGAAGUGCAGGAUACGGCGCGAGUGGCCAGUACAUCAUGCAAUGAUGUAUUGGGAUUAGAUGUAGUCUCGGGCCGUACGUCCAGCGUAGUGCUCGACGUACGAGCUUCACGUCGGACAUCGAGACGCGUACCACCUGUACCACGCGCAUCGAGUGAUCGACUCGAAGCGCAGGAUACGGGUGACCGUCGCAGCCACGACACCACGCGGAAAGCCAGUACCUCGCGCCGCGAAGUACUGGGACUGAACCAAGUGUUGAUCGCACUGGAUCGUCCAGUAACCGUCGACGUGAGUCGAUGGCCGAGUGACAAGAGGUCGCGCGAGGAAUGUUUCAGCCUCCUCGCGGACCAGCUCGACCACGAUUUCGACGAGGCCGAAUCCGCGGCAAGUGAUGGCGAGUGGGCCAUUUGGGCUCACUGCAAGAGAUCUGCACUCAGCUGUGGACAGGCCAUCGAGGAGAUGUCCCCGCGACCGGGGACAUAUUCUCGUGCUGCUCGACGAGCAUGGGACCACUUCCAGAGGGAAUUGGAAGUGGUUCCUCUCGAGUUUGAUCCUCUGCUCAUUGCACCAUUACCUAUGGAGAUGGUGCGAUAUUGGGCCUACAACAAGCUGGGAUGGCUUGUUGUACCACAUCGCAGUCAACCUCGGGAUGACUCCGACUGGUACAACUCCUCUGAUGAGGAGCCUCAUACCACCACUCGUGAGGAGUACCCUGACCAGAUUGAGUCGGAGUACUUCUCCGAGUCCGAGCACCAUAGCUCGUGGUACUCACGAAGUUCAGGGUCUGAAGAGACAAACUUGGUAGUAGUCUCUGACUACUAUGAGCAGUCUGAGAUGGAGGAUACCCAAGGUUCUUUUGCACUAUCUGCCGAAGAUGAGGGUAACUCGGAAGAUGCAGACUACUACUCCGAGUCCGAGUAGUAGUCUACCUUCUGGCCUGCAUAACUCUGUCGAGUUAUGUAUGACAAUGAUGAAUGGUUGUGUCUGCUCACUGACUCGAUCUAGCAUGUCGUUGUCUACAGUUCAACAUCAUCUCUGUUUGCCAAUCGCUACCACCGUUGGGUUGUUGCGUAUGUUUCCUUUCUUUUUCUUUUUUCUUUUUUAUCUGUUUCUCUGGUUAUCGCUGGGACCCGUAGUCGUGUCCAGUGGGGGAGGGUGUAACGGAUAUUCCCGUUACGGUAUGUAUUACAGUAUAUGUUUGUCUUUG